GAUGACUAUUAAAUGUUUAGACUUUAUACCUGUCUACAUAUAUCAUAUCAUAUUUGUAUAAGUAAAAUAAUUUACAUGUAUUUAACUUUUGUCCAACGGCAACAGCCAUAAAGAAAGCAAAAUUUUAGCUAGUUCGGCUUCAAACAAUCAUGUCGUCAAACAGUAGCCAUGCUCUUUAGCGUAGCAUACACAGGAAAUGAGCUAUCCCGUUUUCCGGGUUUGGUCACGUGACGUUCCGCAUACAGCGACUUGGUGUCAGGUCUGCACUGAGACUUUUUUUCAAGAAUAAUCAUCUUUUUUUUUCUGGUGAAGCUGUUCUUUGUUGGUUUGGAUCCAUGCUUUGGUUUAUUGUCAUGUUCAAAGUUGAAAUUCCUUUUUGGCUUCAGCUUUCAGCAGCUCGUUAAAGAUUUUGACAUAUAUUUGGGACUGGUCAUAAAACCCCAAUUCUAGAUGACCCUAAACAACCCCAAAAGACGAUGUUACCAGCACCAUGCUUCACUGUUUGCAUGGUGUUCUCCAGGUAAAGUGCAGUGUUGCUUUUCCGUGAAAACGUUGAACCCAAAGAAUGACUCAGCUCUCCCGAAAGCAUGUGGGAAAACCUGUUGUGGUCGGAUAUAAAACCAAGGUUGAACUUUUUGACCACUUUGAAUGAGACACUCUUAUCUGCACCUUGUGGGUUAGGGUUAUGUUUUCAGUACUUUUAGUCUUGCCUCUUGUGGUAAACCUUCCUGCACACCUGCCUAGCUUCCCUGCACUUGGGUCAUCCAUUUUUGCCUCCUCACUCCACCAUGUUAACCUGCCAAUUUGAUAGUAUCGGGUCUAACUACUACAACUUCUACAAGCACACACUCAACAAAUAGGCAUCCCAAAAAAAAAACACCAUUACACUGGUGUAAUAUCAAGACUAAAUGCAAGAAAUUGCCAGAAGGAAGGUUUAGAUACAGUAUAUGGCCUAAUGUAAUCAAAACAAAAAAAGAAAACUGUUAGUAUUAUGUAAGGGCCGACAGCAUUAGGUGGGUGCAAUGGAGCGAUGGCCACCUGCACUGUCUGACACAUCCACACAAAACACCCAAGGGACAAAAUGACCUAAGGAUGAGUCACAAAGAGAGAAAAUGUGUGUGUAUGCUAAUCACUGCUUAGUUCUCACUUUCUCUAUUUGACUGCAGGGUGGAAGGGACUUCCCGCUCGUUUAUGAAACUUCCAAUCCUUGGAAACGCUCCAGUUCAGUUAGGGCUGGACGCAGACACAUACACACAUUUACACUCGGAGGCGUGCACACAAAGGCCUCAUUGUGUUUGACCCCCAGAUGACGCGCAGGCAGGUCAAACUGGCGCGUCAUUCUGAGGCAGCUGAAAAGGCCGGCCAGAGGGGCGUAAUGAAUAUGUCCGUUCGACGGCACCGGGAGAAAGGCGCACUUUAUCCUUGCUCGCGUUGUCUUUUAGGGCCAAUCUGCGACAGGUUUUGGGUUCAUAAAUCUAUCUGUGCAGAGGCAGGGUUACACACACACACACACACACACACACUCUGUCACAUGCCUUCGUUUGGCUCUUGGGCUAUAUGCUAACAUAUUAGAGUUCUCAAGCUUUUAUUUAUGAAGUAUCAAUGUUUCUAACGGUAGCUAAAAUGUGUGUGCUGCUUCCAGAAAAGUUAUAGUGGUCAUACAUGCAGAGACAAAGUCAUUAAGCACGAUUAGGUACAACAACACAGACUUCCAGUUCUAAUGCAACAAAUCAAAUUGUAAAGUCCCUAAGAAAGAAUAACACUGUCACCAGAUCCCCUUAUGUAACUAUGUGAUACAUCAGUUGUUCUUAUAAGCUCAUGGGCAACAAUAUUCCAAUUUGGGAGGUUUGAUGUGACAAAGAUAUUAAUUUUAGUAUGUUUUUUUUUAAUUAUUAUUGUGGUUGUAGUUUGCAGCUAUGUGGAAGUGCACUGCAUCAAUUUGAGAUGUUUUGCUCUUGUUGCAGUAACUUAUGAUAACCAUUAUCAUAUAAAACUACAGCGUAUGAUGCAGUUCCACACCCCUGCAAACUGCUUCCGAAAUAAUAAGCAUACAAAGCGAAGCAAUGUCAUAUUUGUAAAACCAACACUUUAGAUUCAACUCUUGUAGUACUUCUUAUUAGGGAGAUGUCAUUUUUUUUAAAGUACAGACAUAAACACUCAUUUUGCUUUUAUUUUAUUUGUUUUAUUUUUUUCCCCUCCAUCAGGUGCAUUAGUACACUGGACCCUAAAGAAAAUUAACUCAAGACCUGAGAUAGUCUUGUUUGUAAUAUACGGUACUCACAAAAAGUUAGUGAUUUUGGACUUUGGGGUGGAUAUUCAGGAUGAACCGAAAAUGCACUCUAGCCUUUAUAGUUAAACUUAAUUUGACCUUCUCUAAACCUUUGAAGGCAGAUGUUCAAUGUUUCUUCAACAGACUCUUCCAGUCUCUCGGUAUUUCUGUUGCAACCUACUGAUGACACACUUGUGUCACUCUCAGCUUAGCGGCCACUUCCCUGUAAACGUUUUCUUUUUUUUUUACUUUUCAUGUACUGUUCCUUUUCUGUACCUUGCAAAUACAGUACAACACAUUUGCAUUUGAUCCCAUGAAAUGUUUGUUUUUUAACAUUUACAGUAAGUCCACCUUUUGUUUCUUAUUUGCAUUUCAUCCUUAUUGAAUCAUUAUUGACAGUAAAUACAUUUUCUUUUCCUAUUUUAACCAUUUUUAAUCUCCUAACUGUGCACAAUGUUACUGUUAAUGAUUAUUUGCUAAAAACAAUUAGGUUUAUCAGUUUAAACAUUAAAUAUCUUGUCUUUGUAGUGUAUUCAAUUAAAUAUAGGUUGAACAUGAUUUGCAAAUCAUUGUAUUCUGUUUUUAUUUAUGUUUAUCACACCGUCCCAACUUCAUUGGAAUUGGGGUUGUACUUAAAACCCAGAACUAUAGACAACGACGCAUCCACAACAGUUUUAAUAUCAGCAUGCACCGUAAACACCACCGCGCGCUCUUUUUAUGAAGUCACUGUCGAAGUAUCGUUCUCCCGCUGCACUCUCUCAUCAUGACACCAUCCCCGCAGGCGUCAACAGAGCCGAAACAAAGUGUCGGUGUAUUUGGGGUAAACGCGCCGAUCCCGCAGCUCGGAAGACGGCGUGGCGAUAGGCCAGCGUGACGCCGCCACCCGAGCGGGAACGUCUACCGGCGACAGAGUGGAAACUACCUGACAGCUGCAGCUCACACGGAGAGACAAGAUUACAGCCAAUGAGCGAGCGAGGGGCGUGGCCCGAGAGAAUAAGCGGGGAUGGAGACCAACGCCGAUUGGCUGCCGUGCCUCGCCGAGAAGCUAUAAAAGCGCGCGGCUGCGGUUGUUGUGUUUACAGUAAGGUUGACAGAACGCCCGGGGAGACUAUGAGAAAGCGCAGCUGCUCCAUUCACCCACAUGGUUCCUCAACCGCACACACAAGCCACUCCAGGGACUUGCACUGGUGCCGUCCACAGCGACCUGUUCCGGGUCCAGCGGGCCGAGUUUUCAGCCGCACGGGCAGUUGAAAAGUUGACUCUUGGAUCCUUGUAUUUAUUGAUUUUCUUUCUUUUUGUUUUUUUUUGGAAGUGAAUUGAGCCCGAAAGGUUACGAGCCGAGAGAGAACAGAGACUUGGGAACUUUUGUUGUUGUUGUUGUUGCGAGGCACAAGUUUUAUCAGGCUGUGCGGUAAGAACCAGUGAGGAGCAUUGUUGAUUAUUGUCGGUUUUAGUUUUCGUUUUUUGUUGUUUUUUUACGCACUUUUUACACGUAGUUGAGCGGAAGGAUGGUGCAGCAGCAGCAGCAGCAGCAGCAGCACCACAUGAGCGCUCACGCUCCUUCCCCAGCCGGGGACUCCACAGACACCGGAGAGAUGGACUUGGAGAUGGAUGCGCCUCCCACCCCGGCGGAGCGGAGCGACCUGGCCUGGUGCAAAACCCCGACGGGCCACAUCAAGAGACCCAUGAACGCCUUCAUGGUGUGGUCGCAAAUCGAAAGGAGAAAGAUCAUGGAGCAGUCUCCGGACAUGCACAACGCGGAGAUCUCCAAGCGGCUGGGCAAGCGGUGGAAGCUGCUCAAAGACGCCGACAAGAUCCCCUUCAUCCGGGAGGCGGAGCGGCUGCGGCUCAAACACAUGGCCGACUACCCAGACUACAAGUACCGGCCCAGAAAGAAGGUCAAGUCCGGCAGCGGGGCGAGUAAGCAGCAGGCGGAUCGCGCGGAGAAGAGCUCGGAGCGCGGCAGCAAAGCCAAAAGAAGCCCCGCGGCCAAAGCGGCCAGCAGGACGCACAAGCAGGCCGGCGGCGACCACCAGAGCGUCUUCAAACCCAGGUCAGUGUCUGGGGCCAGGCAUAUCCCCGACGAGCGCACCGUAGAGGCCAAGCGCGGCUUCCCCUCGGCGGGGGCGUGGAGCUCGGAGAGCGGACCUCCCUCCGUGGGGGUCCCGGCCAGUCCCACUCUGAGCAGCUCGGCCGAGUCUGCCGACCCGCUGAGCCUGUACGAGGAGCACAGCCCCGGGGGCGGCGGGUCGUCCCCCACCGCGCGCCUCAGGUACUCCCGCGCGGCCUCCCCCACGCCGUCAGCAUCCCACUCCUCCUCAGUCUCCUCCUCAUCCUCGGACGAGGAGUUUGAAGACGAGCGCCUCGACUUGAACCCGAGCCCUGGCUACGAGAGCAUGUCCCUGGGCGGCAUGGGCUUCUCUGACGCCGAGCUGGACCGGGACUUGGACUGGAACUUCGGGGAGUGCGGCGCCGGCUCCCACUUCGACUUCCCGGACUACUGCACGCGGGAGGUGAGCGAGAUGAUCUCAGGAGACUGGCUGGAGUCCACCAUCUCCAACCUGGUGUUCACCUACUGAAACUACAGCCGAGGCGCAGUGGCUGAAGUACCGAGACGAAGCCUCCCGAGUUUUGAACUACUCAAACCCCCACACCACUCUGCCAACAACGCCCCCCCCCAUCCCCCGCUACCCCCCUCCCCCCCGGAGCAAUUUUCACGGAAUAGAGUGGAAAGAGGAGACAGUGCGUGUGCGCGCGCGACUCACAGACUUGGUGCGUCUGACGGGAGCGCGCGGGUCGGGGGGGGGGGGGGGGGGGGGGCGGAUGAAAAAUGCUUAGUUUGCAUUUGGACACGGAGCAGGAGUGAAUGUAAGCAGAAAGAAGUGAAAAGUGACUUCUAAACUAAUCCUCAAGAGGAUGACAAGUGACAAUAAACUGAACAUUUGUGUUACUUUGGAUGGGGGAAAAGAGACACUUCAGGUGUUUUUAUUUUUUGUUUUUGUUUUGCCCCCCCCCCCCCCCCCCCCCCCCCCAAAAAAAAGGAGUUCCAGUAUCAACACGCAUGCUCUCCUGAAUGAGGAGAAUUUAGAAAAUGUUCAUUGCUGCGUAAUGACGCAACGUGCGAGACCUUCGAUUGGACACAAUUCACGAUCACCAGCUUCUCUUUCAACGGCAGGACUUUAAAAAAAAAAAAAAAAAAAAAAAAACUGAAUCCAGACUUCAGAAAACCUUUCUCAGCUUUCUUAAAACACUCAGUGCACAAUUCAGGACCAACGCCCCCUUCCCCUCCUUUCCCCAUCCCAGUCUGCAUCCUUUCUGCCUAGUGCUUCAACUUUCUAGUUCCUCGGUGUCAAGAAUGACUUUUUUAUAUUGAUGUAUUUAUACCGGCCAACAUUUUUUUACACAUAGAAGUAUUGUUCUCGUACAGGUCUUGUUUUUGUGUGUGCGUGCGUGCGCGUGUGUGUACAUACACCUGUCUGUAUCCAGCGCGGAAGGGCUAGAAGUGUCUCUUAUUUAAAGUGUCUGACCGCUCUCACUUUUCGAGUGCGUCAUGAUUUUUUUACUUGUAUUUUUGUACAAAAUCUAUAGAAAGUGGAGGGGGAGUGGCGGUUUGAGGAGGGGGGCGGGGAACGGGGGUGGCGAGCGGGUAGCCCCCGACAUUGUUAUUUGGAUCUUGAUUUAGUGUUAAGACGUGCAGCAAGGGGGGUGGGCGGGCUCGGUUGGCACAAUCUGACCUCACACCGUGUUUACAGUAUUUACCCACAUGCUUCUUAAUGGCACAGUGACUCCAGUUUCACCAGCCAAGUAAACAAAGCGCCACGGACAGGCUCCCGUGCAGCCCGAGUGGUGACUCGUCUUACUCCAGUACACAUCGCAGACUUCUAAGGACUGAAAGAUCCCGGAGUGUCACUGUUUAGAUAGAGCUAAUACCUCCGUGUGCUUUUCUUCUUGUUCUUCUUCUUGUUCUUCUGCUCUUACUUUUGAAGAUAAGUUUUAUUUGAACCACUGGAUGGACUUUCACGCUCAUUCCACUUUGCCUAGACUUUGGAGGAAAAGAAGGUGUAUGAAGUGCUUCAUCUGUUCUCGCGCAAACCGCAUCCAAAAUAGUAUUUAACCUUUCUGUACCUGUUGGCUAAGUAUAGCAAAAGGCUAAUUGUUUUUCCUAUAUUAUGGCAUGGCAAAUAGCAUUUGUAUUUCAGAUUCAGGUAUAUGUAGCUAUAGCUGUUGUGUUUAAGAUUUUUAAAAGAAUAAUAACAUGAAGAUAUUUAUGUAAACUGACUGUACUAUAAGCAAAGAUUGUGUGUUUUAUGUAUGAUGAUCAACAACAGGCACUAGGACAGCCAUCUUUGGACACAUUGAAGAUGAUUUUGGUCCGGGAGUUUCUCUUUUUUCCAAGACAUUUUUCUUUUUUUUUUUUCAAGUUUUGUUUUGUUUUUUUUGUUUUUUCAUUUGUGCAAUAUGCUGUCUAUGACCAUGUUUUGUCCAAUCAUGCCAAUAUUGUUUUGUUGUUUAUUAUAAGAAAAAAAAAAAGCCAAUUUUUUGGGUCAAUCACUGCCUCUCAGACCUCUGUACAGAUUGUUGUUUUUAAUUUGUAUUUCUUUUCCUCCGUGAAGGAAAUAAAAUCAGCUGGAACUGAAAAGUACAA